CCGAGGGGUGGAAAAAAGGAGAAGGGUGUUGGGCCUGGUGGGUUGCAGAUGCUUGCAGGCAGCUGGGCCGCUCUCCUGAGCGGUGUCCGAAAAGCUGCUGACCGAGUCGCCCUGGGUUCUCAUCAUCCUCUGUGAAGUGUCCAAGCAAGCGGGGUCCAUUAGCCUUAGGCAGGCGCCAUGGGCUGCUGCUUCUCUAAGAGGCGGAAGAGUGAGGAGUCGCGGGCAGAGGGAGAAGAGGAGCAGCCCAAGCUGUACAGCUGGGACCAGCGGGAGAAGGUUGACCCAAAAGAUUACAUGUUCAGCGGACUGAAGGAUGAAACAGUAGGUUGCUUACCUGGAAAAGUAGCAGGACAACAAUUUGUCAUUCAAGACUGUGAGAACUGUAACAUCUAUAUUUUUGAUCACUCAGCUACUAUUACCAUUGAUGACUGCACUAACUGCAUAAUAUUUUUGGGACCAGUGAAAGGCAGUGUGUUUUUCCGAAAUUGUAGAGAUUGCAAGUGCAUGUUGGCUUGCCAACAAUUUCGUGUGAGGGACUGUAGAAAGUUGGAAGUCUUUCUGUGCUGUGCCACUCAACCCAUUAUUGAAUCUUCUACAAACAUUAAGGUUGGCUGUUUUCAGUGGUACUACCCUGAAUUAGCAGCCCAAUUCAAAGAUGCAGGGCUUAGUAUCUUUAAUAACAUAUGGAGUCAUGUUCAUGAUUUUACACCUGUGUCAGGAGAGCUCAACUGGAGCAUUCUUCCAGAAAAUGCCAUGGUUCAAGACUAUGUUCCUAUUCCAUCUACGGAAGAAUUCAAAGCUGUACGAAUUUCCACAGAAGCCAAUAGAAGCAUUGUUCCCAUAUCCCGGGGCCAAAGACAGAAGAACAGUGAUGAGUCAUGUCUCGUGGUAUUAUUUGCUGAUGAUUAUACAACUGCAAAUGCAAGGAAACUAAUUGAUGAGAUGGUUGCUAAAGGCUUUUUCCUAGUGCAGACAAAGGAAAUGUCAAUGAAACCUGAAGAUGCUCAAAGGGUUUUCAGGGAAAAGGCAUCUGACUUUGUACUUCUUCUGAACAAAGGUCCCGUGAUUGCCUUGGAAUUUAAUGGAGAUGGUGCUGUAGAAGGAUGUCACCUUAUUAUAAAUGAGAUGUUCAACGGGACAAAGGUGUUUGUAUCAGAAAAGAAGGAGACAGCAUCUGGAGAUGUUGACAGCUUCUAUAACUUUGCUGAGAUACAGAUGGGGAUAUGAAGUGGAUCAUACUAUUAAGCUCUUUCCAACCUUUAUAUAGAGUUUGAUAAUACAUAUAUUAGUCAUUUGGCAGUUAGUAAUUUCAUGUAAGCCAAAAUUAUUAAAGGCUAUUUUUAAAAUAACUCUUUGAAUACCAUAUCAUUUACUUAAGGAUCUGAAAUAAUUCAUUUAUAUUAAGUAGUUUUAAUCAUUUUAUAAACUAUUUAACUUCCUACAAUAAACUUGCAGUUUUAUUAUUUAUCUUCAUCUAAUACUAUUAUUUAGAAAACAGAAGUGGAUACCAGUUCAUGAUUUUAAUACUAGUUAAAAGUUCUUUCAAAGCCAGGCAUGGUGGUGCAUGCCUUUAAUCCCAGCGCUCGGGAAGGUAGAGGCAAGCUGAUCCCUGUGAGUUCAAGGCCAGCCUUGUCUACAAAGCGAGUCUAGGGCAGCCAGGGCUACACAGAAACCCUAUCUUCAAAACAAAACAAAACAAAACAAAACAAAAGUUCUUUCAAAUCUCUGGUAAUUUAAACUUUCUAUCUUUCCUUAGUGCUCUAUGAUACUCACUUAAGAGUAUAUUUUGUAACUUAUUUUUUCUUUUAAUUUAGAGGAACUUUUUACUAGGUGAUAAUUAAUAAACCUAUGCACUUUUUUCAGAAAUACAUAUCCAGUUAAAUAAUCAUUUCCUUCUUGCAUUAUAUGACUAAUGAGAUUUUGUACAUUGAGUUUACAUACUAUUUUGUAAAUUAAAUUUUUUAAAGAAAUGGGUAUGUGAAAGCUGACUGUGGUGGUGCUAUCUGUAGUACCAGGCUACUUGGGAUGCUGAAGUGGAAGAAUCACUUGAGCUCAGGAGUUCAAGGCCAGCCUUGGCAAUAUAAUUAGACUCUAUUUCAAAGGAAUAAAAAACUAAGAUAUUUGAUAACCAGCUUUGCAAAUACUCCUAAGUGAUGCUGGCAUUGCUGAUUUAAGGACUACUUCUGAAGUAGUAUGGCUAUUUUUUUUAGGUACAACUGCUACCAGAUGAUUCUUCUAUUUUCUAGUAAGAAAAAGUGUAUGCAACAUAAAACUAUAGAACACCAAUCUGCAGCAGAUUUGACAGAGGUAAUUACUGUCUGACAGCCUUUGUGACUAUCAAGAAACUAGAACAAAACUUGUGACUUUUCGGUAAAGAACACUUAGGUAUGACGGUAAAUUAGAUAGGUUUCAAAAUCUCCAUAUAUAUUUUUUUUUACUCAUGUCAACUAAUGUUCAAGAAUGAUAAAAAGUUUUGAUUACUUGAAAUCAUUAUUUUUCAAAUCCAUUUGAUCAUGGUAAUUUUCCAAUAGGUAUGGGAGUUGUUCAGAAAUACACAUUGAGGGGUCCAGUCUAAAGAUGCUUUAGGGUGUGUUAUCAUUGAAAUUAAUAUGUUCUGAAGGUGUUGAUAGGUUGAUCUUCACACAUUUGCCAGCUAACAGGAAUAACUUUCAUAGGCCCAUUUAAAGUGAUCUGAAAUUCUAUUUUUAUAAAGCUGAGAUUAAAAGUGACCACUUGUAAAAUUCCCUAUUAUGGUUGUUACUAAAAGUGUAUUUUCAUGUUGAAAGUGGUUUUGGAUAUUUUCAGGCCAACGUAUACCUACCGUAUUGAAUUGUUAGUGUGUAGAAGCAAUACUUUUUAUUUUAAAUUAAUAAUAGUGAGCACCUAUACUGUGCCUAGCCUUAUGCUGACCUUCAGCAUUUCAACAUUUCUUUUAUAAGAGCACCGUGUUCUGCAAAGUCAAUAUGAUCUUAUAAGGUGCAAAUAAAAACUGCUGGCAGGCAUAAUAAAAUUUCCUAUCAUAAUUUAUAAAUGAUCUUUGCAAAUAGUGGUGAGAGGCAUUUAGCUAAGCUAAAGUAAAUGCAUUCUUUUCGUUCUUCAUUAUAUUACUAAAUGUCAUUCACAUUUAAAACAAACUCAAUACUUGUUUUUUUGUUUGUUUGUUUGUUUUUUCUGGACUACACUGAGGUUUUGUUUUGUUUUGUUUUUUUAAUCUCAUCUAUGGCAUUGUGCAAAAACUCAGGACUAUAUUGUAAAAGAAACAUUAAUUUAGAUUUUCCCACCAAAUUUAGUAUGUUAACCAAAGCCUGAAAUUUUCUAUCCAGUUAGAUAAGAACUUUUACUGACGCUGGAUAUUACUGACAUUAAUAACUGUCAGUUGCCUAUUGAAUAUCUGAUAGAUUUUUAAAAUAAGGAGUUCUAUGUUAGUUGUUUCUGUAAUUCUAAACUUUGAUAGUACUCAUACUAACUAUAUUUGAUUUCUGAAUAACUUAAAUUUAUGAAAACUAAUAGCAAUAAAAAGUGAUUUUAUUGUCAUAUUUGUUUAAACAUCUUAUUAGUUUACUUCUCUUGCAUUAAUAGUACUGCUUAUUUCUUUUGUAUUUGUAUAUUUAUGUGUAGCUUUUAUAUUUAAAUUUAUCUAGUGUUUAUAAAAUGUGCUUUGCAAUAAAGGUUAAAAUUAAAAUGGUUUAACACAAA